GUUAACGUUAACAAGAGUCAGCACUUAUACGCUCCUACAAUUGCUUUUACCCCUUUAUUAUACUCUUCAGUGAGACAUUUUCACAAACAGCUUGUGUGCAAUUUCCCAAAUCCAAUAAAACAGCAAUUAAACAAACCCGUUUCAUCGUAUAUGUCGAAUAUAUAUACACACUCAAUUAGCUUAGUAGAAUAGAUUAACAGUAAUAAUGACGGAAAUAGACAGUUUAUUGACUAAAAAAGUAGCAGAUCGUUACUUAAAACGUGAAGUUCUUGGUGAAGGUACUUAUGGUGUUGUUUACAAAGCUAUUGAUACGAAGAGCGGCCAGGUUGUUGCUAUCAAGAAAAUUCGUCUUGGAAAACAGAAGGAAGGGGUGAAUUUUACUGCCCUGAGGGAAAUCAAACUAUUGAAAGAGCUGAAGGAUCCUAACAUUAUUGAAUUGAUUGAUGCCUUCCCUCACAAAGGAAACUUGCAUCUUGUGUUUGAGUUCAUGGAGACAGAUCUUGAGGCCGUGAUUCGUGAUAGGAAUAUCUUUCUCUCACCUGCGGAUAUAAAAUCUUAUAUUCAGAUGACAUUGAAAGGUCUUGCUGUUUGUCACAAGAAAUGGGUCUUGCAUAGAGAUAUGAAACCGAACAAUUUACUGAUUGGACCUAAUGGGCAGCUUAAACUUGCUGAUUUUGGAUUAGCACGUCUAUUUGGUAGCCCUGAUAGAAGAUUUACACAUCAGGUUUUUGCCCGGUGGUACAGAGCACCAGAGUUAUUAUUUGGCGCGAAGCAGUAUGGACCUGGAGUAGAUGUUUGGGCCGCUGCAUGUAUCUUUGCUGAGCUCCUCCUGCGGCGACCAUUUUUACAGGGAAACAGUGAUAUUGAUCAGCUGGGGAAGAUUUUUGCGGCCUUUGGGACCCCAAAGCCUUCACAGUGGCAUGAUAUGGUCUACUUGCCGGAUUAUGUUGAGUACCAAUUUGUCCCUGGACAACCACUCAAAAUAUUGUUUCCAACGGCUACUGAAGAUUGCAUAGAUCUUCUGUCAAAGAUGUUUUCAUACGACCCAAAAACUAGAAUUUCAGCGGAGCAAGCAUUGGAGCAUCGGUACUUCUCAUCAGGACCUCCACCUACGGAGCCAGCUCAGCUUCCAAGACCUCCCCCUAAGCGGGAACCCGCAAAUCCUAGGGUUUCAGAUCUCAAUCCACAUGAUGGUCCUGUGGUAUUGUCUCCGCCAAGAAAGUCAAGGAGAGUGAUGCCAAAUCGCGAAGGAUUUGAGGCGAAUGUGCGUCCAGAAAAGAUGGAUGACCAUGGAAAUGAAUUCCGACAAGCUGGUGAGAGGAGUGAACAGGUACCCAUGUCACUGGAUUUCUCAGUCUUUGGGAUGAAACCACCUACUAGACCGACCAUUACCAGCGCUGACCGAUCACAUUUAAAGAGGAAGUUAGAUCUUGAAUUCCAACCAGAAGAGGAAUGACACAUCUCUCUGAAUAUUUUUUUUCAUCUGGAUGAGAGCUGCUAUAUUGUUAAAAAGGUGCGUGGUCUUAACUUUACAGGCCAUAUCUGCCAUAAUUUUGGUGAGCAAGAAGAAAGCAUCUUUUUUUUCGAGCAUAUCGGGUACACUAUUGCAUCAAAUGCCCCGUCCCUAUUUUCCAUUUAGGGCGAAAGUUGCCAAUAUAACGAGUGUUCUUGGAGAAGUAUAUUGAACCAGGGUAAUAAAGUUCACCUAAUUCAUUCUUUAUUGUCGAGAGGAUGUAAUUGUAUGCCAAUUCUAGCAUUCGUAUAAACUCAAAUUUAAGAUACUGUUUGUAGAGUGACAUAAUCGAUUUGUGUCUGUUCGAGAAUAUAUCUAACUUGACAACUGUGAGUUUGAGAGACAUGUUGCUUUUUUGAGUUGCUGAUUUUUAACUUAGUGGAUAUUUUGUCUGUUCAGAGAAAUCAUGA